ACCCACGAACCGUGAGAUCAUGUUCUGAGACGAAGGCGGACGCUCAACCCACGGAGCCACCCUGGCGCCCCGAUACUCUCAUACAUCUUAAUAGUAUAUGUCUGUAAGCUCACUAAUUGCAAUUUUUUACUUGUUGUUUUCCUAAUUCUUCUAUUUAAAAGUCAAUGAUCCUUCACUUCUUAAAGAUAUUCAGGGAUAGCGAUACAACGUCAUAUUCAUUAAUACGUAGAGAUCGCACACACACACACACAUAGAUGUUUACUCUUCUUAUUUCCUUCAUACAAUGUGUCCCGGAGGAAGAAUAUUUUCCUUCAGCUCAGGAAUUACCUUCGUAUGUUUUCUGGUGCAUAUCUAGGGAUGCAUUUUCUAUGGUUUGUGGGACAUAGGUUCUCACAGACCACUACUUAAAAAUCCUUGCCUUUAAAGCAAGGAAUGAGUGAAAAGGUGGAUAUUUUAGGCACUCUAGACCAGGCUGAUAACAUGCUCCCAGGUGCAUUUCCUUGUUCUCUUUCCCCUUUAUCGCCCCUUGUGCUGCUGGUUGUGCAAGUACCUGAUAUCCUCGGGAGGGAGAAGGGACAAAAUGGAGGAACUCUGGGGUCCUCAAUGACCACAUGAAGGACUUUAGUCUCCAAUCUAAACACACACCCAGCUCUGUCAUGUGAGGAAAUCUAUGGGGACAUGCUUUUUGAAAUGUGGCGCGUUCUCUGGUAAUUCAGCAUAACCUAAUACACGUACGAAAUGUUAACCCGCAAGAUCACUUAGAGAUCAGUCUAGUUCCAUGAAAAUUGGCUGUUUCAGUCAGUAGGGCAUGAGACUCUUGAUCUUGGAGUGUGAUUUCACACCCCAAAUUACGACUAGAGUAGACUCAACAGAUAUACGAGAAAAUAAGUAUUGGAAAAUGACCCAGGUAAAUUAGGCUACAAUGACUGAGCUGCUAAUUGGUGGGUGGGAUCCCUUUACCUCCUCAGUCAGCCCCCGGGAAUGAGCAUCUGAGCAUUCACAUAGUGCCAGUGCUGGUAAGGCAGCCACAUCUUCCCUCUAGGAGUUCAAGGACUAGCCAGGAAGAUGGAAAGAACAGGAAACAAAAAUGGGAAUGACAUGAGCAAGGACUCCAUAGAAAAAUUCAAGGUGCGACAACUGGGUCCUGAGCUCCACCAGGGAAGGGUCUGACAAGGCUGUGCUGAGGAAACGUUACUAUUUCCUGCCGCAGUGCAAGAACGAGUCAGCCCUGCACUAGUCCGAGGGUAUGUAGCCUGACAGAAGGCACAGUGCGGCGGACACUCGGAGGCAGGGGUCGUUGUUUCACAGGGGACGUGUGAAAGGACACCAGGGAGACCGGAAAGAGCUACGGAGGACAGCAGAGAGGGAGGGUGAGGAGGGCCAGGGCCUGGGGCAGGAGGACGUUGUCACUACUCUGCUCUAGUGCCGUGGGACAAUAUUCCCCCACCCUUAGUGGCUUCCCCAUAAACUUCCCCCCUCACAGGCCCAGGGGACCAGGAAUUCAGCAGGGCUCAGCUGAGCGCUCCUGCCAGAGCCUCUCAGGAGGUUGGGGAUGCUGCCAUCACUCAGACAGAACCUGCUUCACUAACCCCUGAGCCCACUUCAGGGUGGUGGCAGGAUUCAGUCAACAUCGAGUGCCAUAGUUCUUCCCAGUCUGUUGUUGUCUCUCAGGGCUAGGCUGUGUGUACCUGUCCAUGUCACGACUCGACAUGAGGGUUGGUCCCUACUGUGAGGAGCUGAGAGACAACACAGAGAGUGACAGUGAGCACGUGGCUGUGACAUGCACAUUUUAUCACCUAAACUUGUUUGGUCUGGGUUCACAGUGCCAUCUUCUUUGCAACAGAAAUCAAACACUACGUCCAUACCACACUCCAGGAAGGAAAUCCCACAAGGAUGUGUUGACAGGAUGAGGGCAUCCCAGGGAGCCACUGAGGGGAGGAGAAAGUGAAGACCCUGUCAGGGUCAGUGCUUUGCCCAGAAUCACAGACAGGUAGAAAGUCAGAACCAGGCAUGACCCCAACUUCAUGUCCUCAAAAUGGGGUCCUGGAUUUGACCCAGGAUUUCGGAGGGGGUCUGGAAAAGGGUGUGUUACUGUCACUGGGUGCAGACAUGGAGGUGGCGUGGGGGUGAGGCUGAAGAGGAGCGUCACAGAAGACAUCCCAGCACGUUCUUCCCUGAGGAGGACCCCCAGGCCAGGGCAACCCACUGAGUGCCACCCUGUCCCCAUUGUAUGUACCCAGUGGAAAGGCAGGGAAUGGCUCGUGGCACACUACUGACAAAGUCUACGUAAAAGAGAGUUCUGUCCUCCUAGGCCCCAACUCCAAUCCCUUCUGUAGGCAUUGCUUUCGAAAGUAGAGAACCUAAGCUCCUAGGAAAUGUUUGGCCAUCCUUCCCUAGGUGGGAUGUGACCUUCUGGGACCCCAGAAAACAAGAACUGUUAAACACACACACACACACACACACACUCACGCACGUACGCACACCUGGAAGGACUGUGGGCUGGGAUCAGAGGAGCAGCAGAAUCAGAGGAGGUGAGAAGUUGAAGUCAAUGUGGUUGGAUAAACUUCCAACAGGUGACACCGCUGCUCCAAUUUCACAGGUAUCAUCCCACAUAUGCCUGAGGACAUCCUGAGGACAUCCUGAGGACAUGCUAGAAUGAUCUCCAUUGGGCGGAAAAUACACAGACCAUCCCUGAGAAGCACAGUCGCGAAUCUGGGACCAGAAAGAGGUACCGGGGCUCUGGAUGCCAGAAACCCCAGUGCGCAGGAUUACUCAGAUGUUGGAGAGGUUUCCUUAACCCACGCUGGCGAUGCCUCAGGAUGUUUUCCAGGAGGUCACAUAAGGGUAUGAACAUCUCACCCAUGCCUGACAAUGAGAACCGUGAGGAAGGGACCAUCGAAGGAGGCUGGAUGCUACUGGAACAGCGAGUGGAGCACCUGGUACCUGCUUUCCUGGGUAGAGACCCCUCCUACCUCUUCACAUUCUUGAGCACGUACAGAGCUUUUGCUACCACCGAGCAGGUCCUAGACAUACUGUUUAUGAGAUACGGAUGCUUCCAUUCGGAGGCUGAGGAGGAUGGCGGACCCCGGGAGCAGGAGAAACUGGCCAUCUCCUCCAUCCUGGGCACCUGGCUGGAUCACUACCCCGAGGACUUUUUCCGGCCUCCAGAUUUCACCAGCUUGAAGCUGCUGCGGGCGUUUGUAGGGGUCCACAUGCCGGGCUCCGAGCUGCAGCGCCGCGCCCGCCUUCUCUACUCAUGGCGGAAACACCCCAUGGCACCAGCUCCAGAGCCACGUUCAGACGUCCCUCAGGAGCGAGCCCCCGCUAUCUCUGUGGUGCCCACUGCAGCCACGCAGCCCAGGCUGCCUGAAGCCACUAGUUCUCUUGGAGCUCAGCGCGUACGAGAAUCGGAGACCCUCACUGCAGCGUCCCCAACAGGGCAGGAGGUACUCCCAGCUCUGGCUGACAGUCAGGAGCUGGAAGAGCCACCUGCCCCUUUGGUUGGCCCAGAGCAUGAGCAGCCCUCAGCCCCAGCCGGCGGGGUCACGGAAGGGCUGAAACAACUACCUCCUGCCGGUGAGCAACCAGCCUCUGCUCCCCAACGGCGGCUCAUGUCCGCUGCAGCCCCAAAGGAUGAAUUCCCUGACCCUGUCAUUGCGUUCUUUGUCAUUUCUGUAGUUCUUAUAGAGGUAUUUACUGUCCUUAUAUAUUAGUGUUCUAUAAAUAAAAGAUAAACUAAGUUCCAAACAA